AUGAUAAAGAUUUCAAAUUCAGUCAUUGGCUCACUGCUCGUCGGCAUUUGUGCAACCACCUUCGUAGAACCUUUUGGCAAUUUCGACGUCUAUGACGACGACAAAUGUGCCAAAGGAUUCAGACGUGUGGAAAUUUCGACGCUCGCGGGCAAAUUGGUGGGCAAGCUUUAG